AUUGUUUUCUGACCAAAAUACAAAAACUCAUAUGUUUUGAAUUGAAUCAGUGACACAGUGACAGUGCAUGCGGGUUUAUCCUAAAUAUAAAACCAGGAAGGGUAUUGAUCUUACAAUAAAUGAUAACUAAAAAAAUGCACCGUGAUGUGUGUAUGAUACUAAGUGGAAAUAAAAUAUACUCUAAUAGUGCUACUACAUAAGUGUUCUUGUUUCUUAAUUAUUGGAGCUGCAAGAUUUUGUAACAAAGGAGACUGAUUUAGCAAUAUAAACAAAGAAGGAUGCCAUGGUUCGAAGAAAAAGCGAAGCAGAUCAAAGCUGCUUUCAAUUCGGAAAGCAAUCCAGAAUUUAUCGACGAUCUCGAAACACCGCAACAAUACAAAGAAAGAUGGCGCUCAAUUUACAUCGUAUACUUUACAAUGUUUCUAGUUUCUUUAGGAUUCAGUAUAAUAGUGACCGGCGUAUGGCCAUAUUUGGACAAGUUGGAUCCUACGGCUGGAAAGGAAUUCAUGGGAUUCGUGGUAGCUGCAAAUCCGUUCGGACAAAUGAUUUUCUCUCCUCUAGUGGGAUGGUGGAGCAACAGACUGGGAUCAAUUAGAUUACCGCUCAUAUUUUCACUAACAGUUUUUAUGCUAGCAAGCGCGACAUAUUCCUCAUUGGAACUUUUUCCGUCUCAUAGGAAACAUUGGAUGUUGUGGUCCAGAUUUCUUGUCGGAGUCAGUUCAGCAAAUGUCGCCGCAUGUAGGUCCUACCUGUCGGCCGCCACCCGAUAUUCAGAAAGAACCAAAGCCGUAUCGAUGAUAUCCCUAGCGCAGGUUCUAGGAUUCGUUGUAGGUCCCGCCAUUCAAGCCGCCGUCGUGCCUCUAGGCGGCGAAGGAGUCUGGCUCAUUACCGGUCGCUUAAAACUCAACAUGUAUACCGCGUCCGGUUGGAUCAACGUCUUCCUAACGCUCGCCAACAUUUAUUUCUUCUUUCCGUCGGUUUUCAAGGAACACAAAAUAGCCGUCAGAGAGGCGAUGCUGAAAACCGGCAAGGAUAACGUAAAGGACGUGUGGAAGGAGGAGAAUACAAACUUUAUAUCAGCGUGGACGCUUAUAGUCGCUUUCUUCAUUUUGGUUUUUAAUUUUAUGCUGUUAGAGACGUUGGGGACCCCGCUUACUAUGGACCAGUUCGCGUGGUCGAAGAGUGAAUCGUUGUGGUACAUGGGGAUUUUAAUGUCCGUUGGAGCUCUAGUAGCAAUCAUGACCUUCGCAUCCAUAGCGCCGUUAACUCGUCGUUUCUCCGAAGUGAAAAUCAUGAUAUGGCUCGGUUUCUUCCUCAUGGUUAUCGGUAGAUUCAGUAUGAUACCCCUAGCUGGAGACCCACCUCGCAUCUACAACUCCGAUUUUAAGUUAAACCUAACUCGUUACUGUGAUAUGACUCUGAUGAACAAACGCUUCGAUUUAAACGUUACUCAGUUGAACGAAACUUUAAGCUCGUACGGGAAGUACUUAAACGUCAGCGCUACGACGGAAAGUGUGGUUAAAAAUAUGACUAUCGGUUGCGGGGAAGAUUUAGUGGGCUGUCCCAGUAAUCAAGUGUGGUGCAAUUACACGCCUCAACUACAGCUGUCUCAGUUUAUGAUUGGGUAUGUGUUGACCUCGUUUGGGUAUCCGAUCGGGGUGACCUUGCUGCAGACGAUAUUUUCGAAGAUGUUGGGAUCGAGACCGCAGGGCGUAUGGAUGGGUUUGAUGACUGGCUCAGGUUGUCUUUCGCGCGUGAUGGGUCCGGUUUUCGUAACGUACAUUUACAAGGAAUACGGGACUGUUUGGACUUUUGGACUAACGACAGCCAUGAUGAUUCUGUGUCAAAGUUGGUUACUGGGAUUCCAGCAUACUUUGAACCCCGAAACUACUAAAAAGAAUCACGAAGAGGAUGGCCAAGAAUUGAAAGAAUGUACAAAAUUCGUUUCAGUUGAUUUAUUACCCCGAGAAUAAUGUCUUAAAACUAUACAAUGAAGUGAUUUACAAUUUUUUUUAUAAAGUAGGCCUUGAGAUAAAAAUCACGAAUGUCAUAUCGUAACAAUAAUUAGGCAUUCCAAACAAAAUGGUUUGUCCGUAGGUAAUGACAGGCACAUGACAGAUUAUGAUAUGGCAACACUGUGGUGAUUUAACCAAUGACCAGGACAGGGAUUCUUAUGUGCAAACUCAACACGUUACCUGUUGAAAAGAGAGAGACAUUUCAUAAAAAUAACAUUCUGUCGAACGAAGAUAGAAGCUUCUCAACACGUGCCGAAUUAAAAGA